AUGAGCAGUCAAACAUCUGCCCACACAUCAAAAAGAUCAAGAAAUUCAACUCCUCCGACUAGAAGGACAUGGAUUGUAGCAGAGGAAGGAACUCUUAUAAAUGGAUUAAAAGAGUUAUGUGUUAAUGGUUGGAGAGGUGAUAACGGAACCUUCAAGCCUGGAUACCUAAAGGAAUUAGAAUGUUAUUUAUGUGAACAUCAUCCUAACAGCGGAUUAAAAGGUGAACCACAUGUCUUAUCUAAAAUAAGAUAUUGGAAGAAAUGUCACGCAAGUAUAGCUAUGCUAAAGAGCCGAAGUGGAUUGGGAUUUCAAUACAGUGAUGGAGCUAUAAUAGUUGAUGAUCCCAAAUUUUGGGAUGACUUCAUAAAGGUUGAUCCAAAUACCAAAAACAUGAAUACGAAAAAAUGGCCGAUGUUUGUGGAUUGGGAGGAAAUCUUUGGCAAGGAUAGAGCAAUAGGGAAAUUUGCAGAAGGCCCAUUAGAUGCUGUUGAGGAUAUUCAAAGGAGUCAAUCCUUAGUAAUGUUUAACGAUAUGAGUUUGGGAUUUCCUAUUGAUCUUGAUGGCGAUGAAGAAGCUGGUUCUAGUCAUAGACCUAAUGUGACUAAGGGAGAAGCUGGAAAUGCUACUGGAGCUACUACAUUUCCUGAAGCAUCUCAAAAUGAAAGUGCUGAAGCAUUUGAACCUGAAGAAGCUGGAUCUCAACAAACCAAUAAAUAA